CCGGUACAAGGUUGAAUCAAGAAUAUCAUACUUCAUACAGGUAUUUACGUCAAAACAAACAUGAAGUAACUUUUACCUUGACAUUCACACUUCUCCAAUUCAACCAACAAGAUGACCAAAAUUCUCUCGAUAGGCGACAGCAUCACCAUCAAGAGAACCAACGGCGCACUUCAGGAAGCCAUAGUCUCGGACAUUGACUACGACCUGCAAUGCAUCAAGGUGGAAUGGUACGAAAACGACGACACCAAAGGCAAGGAAAUACACUUUGUCAACGUGCAAUCCCUCAACCCCCAGUACCUGUUUGAGCCACCCAGUUCCACGUCCCAAAUAGGAUUGAACCAGAGCGAAACCAAUGUGGAAAAGAACAGGAGCCAGGCCAGGAGAACCAAAGCGACUAACUGUGAUAGUUUGAAGGACUAUGGAAUGCUUAAUGUGGAAGGAAGGUCGAUAGCUGGUGCUAGGACUACGAGGUCUGCUGUUGAGUCCAAUUGCAAGCAGAAAAAUAGCGUUACAUUGCAAAGAAUUAACAAGCUUGAAAGGGAAAGAUUAGAAAGGCGCACGAAGCAGGCCAAAAUGAAGGCCGAAAGACACGACAUCAUGAAGAAAACCCAGGACAACCCUUAUUGGAAGGUGACCCAAAUGAUCGGAGACUUCAGAGACCGAAUCGACACAACCAACAAGCAUUUCCUGGGCCACGACACGCCAUCAGAUCACCUGAUCACCGUAGCCGUCAGAAAAAGACCCAUAAACGACUCGGAAAUCAAAAAGAACGAAAUCGAUAUCAUUACAGUACCUAACAAGCACCAAAUAAUCGUCCACGAACCCAAACACAAGGUAGAUUUGACAAAAUACCUUGAAAACCACACUUUCAAAUUCGACUGUACCUUAAACGAGUUUUGUUCAAACGAAACAGUUUAUAAGUUCACAGCUCAGCCUUUGGUGAAGUGUAUCUUUGAAGGGGGUUAUGCAACAUGCUUUGCAUACGGUCAAACUGGCUCUGGAAAAACUUACACAAUGAGCGGUGAUACAGAGUACUCUGAACCAGGGAUCUACACUUUAACUGCAAAAGAUAUUUUCAAAAAUAUCCAAUCCAACAAAUAUCGUCACUGUAACUUUAUGGUAUCAUGCAGUUUUUUCGAAAUAUACGUUAAAAAAGUGUACGAUCUACUCAACCUAAAGGAACCUUUAAAAAUACUUGAAGAUGGCCAACAGCAAGUUCAAAUCGUCGGACUCACUGAGCAAGUUGUCUACUCUGUAGACGAUGUUCUUGAAUUAAUAUAUGAAGGUAACAAAACAAGGACCUUUGGUCAUACUUCGGCUAACACACAGUCAUCCAGAUCGCAUGCAAUCUUCCAGUUUUAUUUGAGAACCCAAAACACUACGAAUAUUCAUGGUAAAUUUUCUUUAAUCGAUCUAGCCGGGAAUGAAAGAGGUGCCGAUACAUUCUCAGCUUCAAAAACGACUCGUUUAGAAAGCGCAGAGAUUAACCAGAGUUUACUGUCUUUAAAAGAGUGUAUAAGGGCUUUAGGCCGAAAAGAUGGACACCUACCUUUUCGAGGUUCCAAACUAACCCAAGUUCUGCGAGAUUCCUUUGUUGGAACCAACUCAAAAACGUGCAUGAUCGCUAUGAUAUCUCCCGGCAUAGGGUCCUGUGAAAAUACCCUUAAUACACUGAGAUACGCUAACAGGGUUAAGGAACUUAGCGAUCAUAAUAGCUCGAAAGAUAAAUAUUAUUGUGAAAGGGCGUCCAGCAGUGAAUCCAGGCUUCUGACGGUCGAUAAAAAGAAGAAAGACGAACACAUGGAGAAGCAGAAUAGGGAUAUGAUAAGGGUUUUUCAAAAAUACAAGAAAGAAGCCGAACUGUUGCUCGAUUCUUCCUAUAUGGAAGUAGGCAGCUAUUAUUGUAAUUUAAAUACUGUUUUAACUGAUGCUAUUGCUUCUUUAAUAAAGAUUAAGGAUUCCAUAUAGUAUAAUUUUGU